AUGGAGCUGGCGACGAUGGUGACGCUGACGCUGCUGGCCCUCUCGGCGGCGGCGCUGGUGCGGCUGCUGGUGGAGCGGUCCCGGCGGCGGCGGUGCUAUCUGGUUGACUACGUGUGCUACAAGGGGACGGACGACCGCAAGCUCCCCACGGAUCUGUGCGGCGAGAUCAUCCAACGGAACAAGCUGCUGGGGCUGGAGGAGUACAAGUUCCUGCUCAAGGUCAUCGUCAACUCCGGCAUCGGCGAGGAGACGUACGGCCCGCGCAACAUCAUCGCGGGGGGCGACGCGAGCCCCGACCGCGUCGCCGAGGGCAUGGAGGAGAUGGACGAGACGUUCCACGCCGUGCUCGACGAGCUGUUCGCCAGGUCAGCCGCGCCGGGCGGGCUGGGCCUGCGCCCCGCCGACGUGGACCUGCUCGUCGUGAACGUGUCCAUGUUCUCCCCGGCGCCGUCCCUGUCGGCGAGGGUGGUGCGCCGCUACGGCCUCCGGGAGGACGUGAAGGUGUUCAACCUCACCGGCAUGGGCUGUAGCGCCACCCUCAUCGCCCUCGACCUCGCCAACAACUUCUUCAGAACGCACGCGAACAAGGUGGCGCUGGUGAUGACGUCGGAGUCGAUCGCGCCCAACUGGUACCCGGGGAACAGGCGCUCCUUCAUGCUGGGGAACUGCCUCUUCCGCUCCGGCGGCUGCGCCUACUUCCUCACCAACUCGCCGCGGCUGCGCCCCCACGCCAAACUGCGCCUCCGCCACGUCGUGCGCACGCACACGGGCGCCUCCGACGAGGCCUACAACUGCGCGCUCCAGAUGGAGGACGACGCCGGCCGCCCCGGCUUCCACCUCGGCAAGGAGCUCCCCCGUGCCGCCGUGCACGCCUUCGUCAAGAACCUCCGCGUGCUGUCGCCCCGCGUGCUCCCGCUCCCGGAGCUCCUCCGCCUCGCCUACGCCACGCUCUCGGCGCGCUUCCUCACGCGCACCAACAAGAAGAAGCCCUCCUCCGCGCUCACCAUCCGGAUGAAGGCCGGGGUGGACCACUUCUGCGUGCACACCGGCGGCGCCGCCGUCAUCGACGGCGUCGGCAAGGGGCUCACCCUCACGGAGCACGACAUCGAGCCGUCGCGCAUGACGCUGCACCGCUUCGGCAACACCUCGGCCAGCAGCGUCUGGUACGUGCUCUCCUACAUGGAGGCCAAGAAGCGGCUCAACAAGGGCGACCGCGUGCUCAUGCUCACCUUCGGCGCCGGGUUCAAGUGCAACAGCUGCGUCUGGACGGUGGAGAGGCCCGGCACCGACGCCGGCGUGUGGGCGGACUGCAUCCACGAGUACCCGCCCAAGGAGAUCAGGAACCCAUUCAUGGAGAAGUACGGCUUCGUCAAGGACAUGAGCGCCUUGUGA